AUCACCGGCCUUUACAAAGGCGUCACACCAACAAUUCUUAAACAAGGCAGCAAUCAGGCCGUCCGAUUCUUCGUGAUGGAGAGCCUCAAAGAGGCAUAUCGAGAGUGGCGUGGCGACACCUCUAGCAACCAGCCUGUGCCUAAAUUAUUGACGGGCCUGUUUGGCCUGAUAGCUGGGGCCACCUCUGUCUAUGCGAACACGCCACUUGAUGUUGUAAAGACACGAAUGCAGGUGAGUCCUAUGGACUGUGGUCUAUUCUUUACUCCUAAGAAAUCUGGGGCUAACUAUUUGUAA